AUGGCCAAAACAAUCCUCUUCCUCGGUGCCACAGGCGGCGUCGGUCUCUCCGCUCUCCGCCGUGCCCUCUCCGCCGGACACACCUGCAUCGCCCUCUGCCGCACCCCAUCCAACCUAACCUCCCAGCUCCCAGCCGAUCUCGUCCCUUCUGAGUCCACUACCAACAAUACCAGCACCAACACCAACAACAACACCAACCUCCACAUCAUCACCGGCAACGCCCACGACCCGGCCGCCGUCACCCGCUGCUUUUCUACUGUCCCCUCCCCCAUCGACACCAUCGUAUUCUCCCUCGGUGCCUAUCCCACCCUCCGCGGCAUGUCCGAUCCACACGUCUGCGAAAAGGGCAUGGGCGUGCUGCUGGAUGUGUUGCGUGCUCAGCGUGCCCAGCGAGAUAAUAGCGUCAAUAAUACAACCCAGAAGGAGGACCAAACAAGCAAUUAUCAACCCCCUCACCUAAUCGCCAUCAGCACAACAGGUAUAUCCUCGCUGGGCCGGGAUAUCCCGCUGCUGGUGGUGCCGCUGUACAAGGUUGGGCUGCAUACGGCGCAUGAGGAUAAGAGGGGUAUGGAGCGGUUGGUUAUCGCUGCUGGUACUUCUUCGCUCUCUUCUCAUCACUCGUCCAAGGGAGGGCAGAGAGAAGGAGAAGGAAAAGGAGAAGGCCUGGUGCGGUUUACGUUGAUCCGGGGGAGUUUGUACACCAGCGGUCCUGAGACGGAGGGGUUGGUGAGGGUGGGCGUGGAGGAUGUGGGCAAGGGGGUGGUGGAGAAGAGGGAGCUUGGGUAUACGAUUAGCCGGGAGGAUGUGGGGAAGUGGGUGUGGGAGGAGUGUAUCAAGGUUGAGGGGGGGCAGUGGGUUGGGAAGGCUGUGGGGGUUACUUAUUAG